CCCCUUCUUUUUUCCUCCCGCCCCUCCAACCGAUUCCCUCCCCCCCCCCUUCCCGGAUGGGGGAGAGGGGAAAAAAAAAGAUGUCAGCUCCUCCGCUGUAGUAUUGCUCCUUAAAAACCCCUCUCUCUGAAAAUGACAUGCCCUCGCAAUGUAACUCCGAACUCGUACGGGGAGCCCUUGGCUGCGCCCGGCGGAGGAGAGCGCUAUAGCCGGGGCGCAGGCAUGUAUAUGCAAUCGGGGAGUGACUUCAACUGCGGGGUGAUGAGGGGCUGCGGGCUCGCACCCUCGCUCUCCAAGAGGGACGAGGGAGGCAGCCCCAACCUCGCCCUCAACACCUACCCGUCCUACCUCUCGCAGCUGGACUCCUGGGGCGACCCCAAAGCCGCCUACCGCCUGGAACAACCUGUUGGCAGGCCGCUGUCCUCCUGCUCCUACCCACCUAGUGUCAAGGAGGAGAAUGUCUGCUGCAUGUACAGCGCAGAGAAGCGGGCGAAAAGUGGCCCCGAGGCAGCCCUCUACUCUCACCCCCUGCCGGAGUCCUGCCUCGGGGAGCACGAGGUGCCGGUGCCCAGCUACUACCGCGCCAGCCCCAGCUACUCGGCCCUGGACAAGACGCCCCAUUGCGCCGGGGCCACCGACUUCGAAGCCCCCUUUGAGCAGCAGCGGGCCGGUCUCAACCCGCGCGCCGAACAUCUGGAAUCGCCUCAGCUUGGGGGCAAAGUGAGUUUCCCUGAGACCCCCAAGUCCGACAGCCAGACCCCCAGCCCCAACGAGAUCAAGACGGAGCAGAGCCUGGCGGGCCCCAAAGGCAGCCCCUCGGAAAGCGAGAAGGAGAGAGCCAAGGCCGCCGACUCCAGUCCAGACACCUCGGAUAACGAAGCGAAAGAGGAGAUAAAGGCAGAAAACACCACAGGAAAUUGGCUGACAGCAAAGAGCGGAAGGAAGAAGAGGUGCCCCUAUACUAAACACCAGACGCUGGAAUUGGAGAAAGAAUUUCUGUUCAAUAUGUAUUUGACGCGAGAGCGCCGCCUGGAGAUUAGCAAGACCAUUAACCUUACAGACAGACAAGUCAAAAUCUGGUUUCAAAAUCGCAGAAUGAAACUCAAGAAAAUGAACCGAGAGAAUCGAAUCCGGGAACUGACCUCCAAUUUUAAUUUCACCUGAACGCGGGCUGCCUCCCCUCCCCCUCCCCCUCUUUCCUUUCCCCGCCCCCCUCCCCCCUUUGUGCCUGGUGAUAUUUUUUUCUCCUCCCUGAGUAUAAAUGCAACGCGCCUGCAAAAAAAAAAAGAAAGAAAGAAAAAAAAAGGCAAAGACCUCAGACUCUCCUUCCAAGGGACCUAUGGUUUGUGCUGCGAGGAUGAUGCUUCCACCUGAAGCAGGAGAAAUGGGGUGCUGGGGGUGGGGUGUUACGUGUGCCCUCCUAGAUGGGGUUGGGAGUGUGGCUGGUGUGUGUGUCAACCUCUCACUCACCCACUCACUUGUAUACAGUAUUCUGUUCUCCAAGCAAAGUUAAAAUCAAAUCCACCCUAUUGUGGGGGGGGGGAAAUGAGGGAUCAACCAGAGAGGGUCUGUAAUCUCGCAGAGCACAGUCAAGAGUUACAACCUCUUUGCUGCAUUUCCUAUUUAGAAUAAUAGAUUUUUGGAAAGUUCGGCUAGUGUUUGUGUGUUUGUCCUAGCACCCAGCGUCCUCCACCAAACCCUCUCCAUGUCUUUACCUCCCAGUUGCUCUGAGAAUCUGCUUGAAGUCUUGUAUUUGUACUGCUUUCUGCUUUUCUCUCACCCUUUCCCAGAACUCCCAUCUCCCUUAGCCACUAACACCUCAGAAAUUCCAUCCAGAGGAACAAAAAAAAAAUUUUAAAUAGAAUAUAGCAAAGCAAAGACAGAAUGCCCCCCCUUGCCAAAAAAUUGCCCUAUCCCUGUCUGGGAGUUGUGUUAUUUAAAGAUAUUCUGUAUGUUGUAUCUUUUGCAUGUAGCUUCCUUAAUGGAGAAAAAAAUCCUAAUAAAUUUCCGGAAUCGUAAUCCUCAAAUGGGUGGUUUUUUGUUUUUAGUGCUAUUUUUUUUAGCGACACCCCCCUCCCCCAAAGAAGCUGAGUCUAUGAAUGUAUGUGUUUUGUGUUUGACUCAUCUCCUAGAGCCUUUCUAGAACGUCUCUUGGCGGGUUUAAUGUAAGUGAGAGACCAUAACGUUGAUUUAAAUAUUAUCCAGGUGACCACAAUAAGUCAAGGUCAUAAAACAGUAAUGUCAGGACGGUCUUGGUGCGCGCGAGAGGUGGAUUUUAUGAUCUGCAAAUAUAAUGUGGUGCUGCAGUAAAAGAUGCAUUUAAAGGUGACUGGAGGAGGGAAAGAGGCAGAGAGCAAACUGCAAUCUUGAGGAGCAGACGGAUCUGAUUGCCUGGGGUACUGGGCUGGAUGCACCCCACUGCUGACGGGGGGUACCCCAAGUGGCCCCCACCUAUCCAAGGAAUAAACUUAAUCACUGGAGGGGCACGAGGAGCUCAGCCCCCCCCCCACCAUCACCAUCGAUAGCAGCUAACAGAGACUACAGCAGCAGCAGGAGGAGGAGGCAACAAGAAGAGGGGCCACAACCCCCAGACCUCCAGAAAUGACGUCAGAAUCAUUUGCAUCCAGCUGCCUCUACCUGCCUGGUCCAGCUGGGACCCUGCCUCGCCGGCCCCAAGGCCAGAGGGUUGGGUGAGUGUGUAGGGAAAGGGGAGGCAGGACCUUUGGAUGGGGGAGGGGGUACCCCCAGGCUCUUCAGCCUCCUCGGCUCAGCCUGGGGGCCCUCCCCAUCCAACCUCCACUCCAGUCCUCAUCCAACUUCCUCUUCCUGCGAAAGAGGGGCGCUGCCCGGUGACCUACAGGCUGAAACAAGAUCGCCAUGAAUGGAAAGAGCUGGAAAA